AUGAAGCUAUUCGCCGGAGUGAUCGGGCCAGUGGUAUGUCUAGCACGUCAGGUUGCGGGGGAAAUGGGAGAGACGGCGGCGGCGCCGCGGAGCUCGUUCGAGAACCAGCUGGUGGCCCGGCAACUAGGCCUCGACUUCGGAUGCGGACUGAACCUGAAUGCCUUUGGCCGGGUGGCACCUCUCAAGGCGUCCGGCCAGGCGAACCUUUGUCUCCAAUGUCGCUUCAACGUCCUCGGGAUCAUCUCCUUGGACUUCUCUUUCCUCAACUCUUUGACUUCGACCAUCAACACCAAUGGCGUCUCGGCCUCCGACGCGUCUGUCCUGCAGAGCCACUUGCAGGGCCUGCUUCAAACCAAAGCCACUCAGCAAAGAACCAGUGCCGAAUGCCAAGCAGCUUUUGCCAACGAUAAACGUUGCGCUUCGUCCAAGUUUGUUAAUGGUCGAUGCCAGGCAACAGCGAUAGAUUGUGUCAGGAAUAACAAGAAUGGACCGGUUUUGGCCCAAGCCUUUCAAAGUUUAUUUCGGACUGGGGGGCCCUCAUAUUGCUCUAUCUGCUCGGGCGAUAAGAGUUGUACUAAUCCUAGCGCUAGGGCUCGACGAAGCUUGCCUGAAAAAAGCGCGGCAUACAAGCCGAGAUGUCCGAGUGGCUUGACAGCUUGCCCGAUCUCAGCGGUGAAAGAGUUCAUGCCCUCGACGCCAUACGAAUGUCUGGAUACCCAGCAAGAGAUCAACUCGUGCGGUGGAUGCGUGACUCUCGGCAACGGAACUAACUGUGCACUCCUACGAGGCGCCGGGAUGUCUGGGUGUUCUGAUGGAAAGUGCACGAUUUUUUCUUGUGCUAGAGGAUUCAAAUACUCCAAGCGGGACCAGUCUUGCCGUAGAAUGCACCCUCAACACCAAUCAUUAUCAAGGUCUCAUCACUCUUAA